AUGAAGUUGAAAUUGCUUGUUUUUUGGGUUUGGAAAGCAAAAAGGUUUGAAACCAUUCCUGACCAGUAUAUGCUACACAGAUGGACUACUAUGGCAUUGAAGAAACCAAUUUUUGACUUGGGAGGAAACCUGUUGGAGCAAUGUGAUAAUAUAAUAGACAAGAAAAAACUGUUACAUGAUUUAUGGUCAGAGAUACACACUUGUGUAAGUUUGGCAGAAGGCAAAGAUGAAGAUAUUCAAGACCUUGUGAUAAAUCUUCAAGGAAUAAGAAAAGAUUUGGAGGCUAAGAGGAUUGCAAGAAAUAAUGGAACAACAGCCGGAAGUACAAACAAAAAAGAACAAGACAUUGAGCUAUUGAUUGGCGCUAGUGUGCCAACUGAAAUAAUUGUUAAACCUCCAAAAAUUUCAAAGAAUAAAGGGACUGCAGUUUAG